AUGAGAUAUAUGGUAUUUAGGUCAACACUUUAGAAGAGAAGAAGAUAGAAAGACAAAAACCCAAAAACCAAAAUCAAAUCCCCAAAAUAUUUCAUUCUUUCUAUUACUUCAAACCCUUUUCCUUCUUCUACUGCUACUAUACUAACUCAUUUAUAUCUAUAAAACCCAAAAGCUGUUUACACAGAUUCUCUCUCAUUUUCUUUCUUGACAAAUACCUUUUUUUCGCGCCAAAAAAAAAAUCCAAUGCCACCCUCUAAAUUACAUCUGCUUAACGAAAUCAGCUCAAUCUCGAUGUUUUAAUUAUCUUAGAUAUGGGCGUGGAACCGAGCUCCAGCCACUUCACGGAUUUCAGAAGUUCAGGUACGAUCCUAACGGCAUAGGUUUUGGGCACACAGUGGUGUUGAAGGCCUAUCCAGUUGGUAUGGUCCCUGCAAUGAAUGAUGUUAUAGAGGAUGAAGGGGAGUCUAGACUAGAACCAUAUGUGGGUUUAGAGUUUGAUUCUGCAGACGAGGCAAGAGAAUUCUACAAUUUGUAUGCUAGGCGUGUGGGAUUUAAGAUUCGGACUGGUCAGCUGUAUCGCUCACGAACUAACGGGACUGUUUCUUCUCGAAGAUUUGUGUGCUCGAAGGAGGGAUUUCAGCUCAAUUCACGGACAGGAUGUCCAGCAUUGAUUAAAGUGCAAAGGCGUGAUUCUGGAAAGUGGGUGGUUGACCUUUUCUUGAAGGACCACAAUCAUGAUCUCGGACUAGCUGGGGAAAGCCCUCCUCCUCCUCUAUUGCUCCAGAAGACUCCGUUAGCUGCAAAGUCGGUAGUUACUGUGUCCCAUAGGCCGAGAACGAAGUUGAUUGAGGAAGUUGAGGAUGGGAGGCCUUCUCCCUCUGGAAUUAUCAAUAUCAAACGCCUUAAGAGGGAUGGAGAGGAACUGCAAUCCAAAGUUGAACCAUUUUCUGGUCUGGAGUUCAACUCGGCUAAUGAAGCAUACCAAUUUUAUCAGGCAUAUGCAGCUAGUAAAGGAUUUAGUAUCCGGAUUGGUCAAUUGUUUCGUUCGAAGCUUGAUGGAUCAAUCACAUCUCGGCGGUUUGUGUGUUCGAAGGAAGGAUUUCAGCAUCCAUCAAGACUUGGCUGUGGGGCUUUCAUGAGAAUUAAAAGACUAGAAUCUGGAAGAUGGGUAGUGGACCGGCUUCAGAAAGGCCAUAAUCAUGAACUUGAGCUUCAACUGGAACUUCAUAAAAAAAGUGUUACUGCUUCGAAAAGGUUGUUAGAGGAGGAGAGCGGUGGACUAGAAAAUGAGGACAUUUUCAACAUAAGCACUGCUAACAUUGUCAAAAGAAGUCGAGAAAAUCACAUAGGAAGUGAUUGGUACCGUGUGCUUUUAGAGUAUUUUCAAACCAGACAAGCCGAAGAUACAAGUUUCUUUUAUGCAGUAGAAGUUGAUAAUGGCAGUUGCAUGAGUAUUUUCUGGGCUGAUGGAAGGUCAAGAUUUUCUGCUAGUCAGUUUGGUGAUGCCAUUAUUCUUGAUACCUCUUAUAGGAAAAGUAUCUAUUUGGUGCCAUUUGCCACUUUUAUUGGAAUUAACCACCACAAGCAACCAGUGCUUCUUGCCUGUGCCCUGAUUGCUGAUGAAUCGGAGGAAGCUUUCACCUGGUUGUUUCAAACAUGGCUGAGGGCAGUAUCAGGGCUCCAUCCGCUUUCAAUAAUAGCUGAUCAAGACAAGGCGAUCCAGCAUUCUAUCAAGAAAGUAUUUCCAAAUACCCACCACCGAUUUUCCUUGUGGCAACUUAAGGCUAAGGAAAGGGAAUAUCUGAAUUUGAUGGAAGGCUCUUUACGGUACGAAUAUGAAAAGUGCAUUUACCAGAGUGAGACAGUUGAUGAAUUUGAAGCCUCGUGGACUAUGCUUUUAAGCAGAUUUGGCUUGAUAGAGAAUGCUUGGCUGAAAGAAAUGUAUGAAAAGCGAGAAAGUUGGGUCCCAGCAUACUUACGCAGCACCUUUUUUGCGGGCAUUACUCUGAAUGAUAAUGUUGAAUCAUUCUUCGGGACGUUUCUGAAUGCUCAAACACCACUAGUAGAAUUUGUUUCGCGAUAUGAAAGAGGUGUUGAGCGACGUCGUGAAGAAGAAAGAAAAGAGGAUUUCAAUUCUUAUAACUUGCAGGUGCUCUUGCAGACAAAAGAACCAGUAGAAGAACAAUGUAGAAGGCUUUAUACACUUUCUGUUUUUAAGAUAUUUCAGAAAGAACUUCUACAAUCUUAUGGAUAUCUUGGGUUCAAGAUUUAUGAAGAAGGAGCCCUUAGCAGAUAUUUGGUGCGUAAGGGUGGGAAUGACAAUGAGAAAUGUGUAGUCACCUUUAGCGCAUCCAAUCUCAAUGUUAGUUGCAGCUGCGAAAUGUUUGAAUUUGAAGGUGUGCUGUGCAGACAUAUCUUGAGAGUUUUCCAAAUACUGGACGUAAGAGAAAUCCCCUCUCGUUAUAUUUUACAUCGGUGGACAAGAAAUGCCGAGUACGGUACUCUUCAUGAUUUCGAAUCAGCAAGAAGCUCUCAAGAACUCAAGGCUCUGAUGGUAUGGAGUUUAAGAGAAACAGCCUCUAAAUACGUAGAGGCUGGAGCAGCUUCUUUUGAAAAGCACAAACUUGCCUAUGAGAUUAUGCGAGAGGGUGGAAGAAAGCUUUGUUGGCAAAGGUAAGUGCUUGAUUGAAUAAGGUCAGAUAUCUCUCCAAAGAUAACUUUUUGUAGCUUUUAACUCCAUAUGUAGCUACUCUGCUUUUUCAUGGGGACCUUAGUUAUGUAACUGAAGACCAUAAAUGUACCAUUGGUAAUAAUUCUUGCCCUUAUCAAAACCAAGAUGUUGUAUAUAUAUAGUGCUUGAUGCGGAAUACAUUUCUUCUACAUACCCAGUUCUCCAAAUCUCAUCCACUGGGCAGUGGCUAGUGGCUACAGGCAUUUUGUUGUAGUUGAUUUUCUUUUUUGGUCCUUGACUCCCAACAAACUGGAGCUAUACAAUUGCAAGGCAUUUUAGAUUUUCA